AUGAAAGAGGCCGAAAAAGCUUCUUUAGAGCAAGACCUGAUCAAAAUUUGUGUGCAAUCGUUCUGCAAUUCCUCACGAAUCACUGCAUCGUUGUCCAACGCAUCAAAGCAGCUCGGUCCCACACCCAAAGGCGAUGCACCCCAGCACUGCAGCCAGGCUAUCUUAAGCCUGCUGCACCAUCUCAGCAACUUGAUCAAGAAUCACAUGGGCGACUACGAUUUUGUUAUUCAGAGACUGGAUGAUAUGAUUAGUCUUGCAACGGAGAAGUUCUAUGCAUUUCCUUUCAAAGAUGUCCCGCCGUGCUGGCCACAGCUCUUUAGAGAAGCAAGCCUGCUGAAGUUCUCAGCAUUAGCUGUAAGCGAAAUCUGGGGAGAUGUGAGUAGCCAGAACGAUGACGAAUUACGGAUUUCAACAUUCGAGAACAGUCAGAUGGAUGGGAUGGUCAAUGUACUUGACAUGGCCCUCAUCAUGGCGGGGCCUCCGGAAUCCGAACAAACACAAAGAGAGAUUACAAGAGUCCUCGAUUUACUGCAAGAGAUACAUGUCACUUCAACCAAGCGAGAUGAAGAGGGCCGGCCCACCAAGCGGCCGAAGCUAGAGACAGAGCACAAGCAGCUCUUCAAUGGAUGUCCCGUCCGUUCUUCAUUCGUUCCACCUGUGGUACAUGCAAUUCCUCGAAGACAUCUUCCAACAUUGGGUGACUUCCAGAAACAUAUGUCCCAGCCUGGCAAUUCAGAUAUCGGCCCCGAGCCUGUGAUCAUCACCCGCGCAAUAGAUCACUGGCCAGCUCGCAAUGAGAAUGCCUGGAACAAACCAAGCUAUCUGCUUUCCAAGACCAUCGGCGGAAGGCGGCUUGUACCCAUCGAACUCGGUCGAAGCUACGUCGACGAAGGAUGGGGACAGAAGAUCAUCCCCUUCAAAGAAUUCAUUGAGCAGUAUAUUCUUCUCAAUCCAAAUUCUCCUGGUCUUGCAACAGGUUACCUCGCUCAGCAUAACCUGUUUGCUCAAAUGCCAUCUCUUCGUCACGAUAUCGCAGUUCCAGACUACUGCUACACAUCGCCGCCACCACCACACCAUUCCUCGCCUCUCGCCGAGAAGCAUUCCAAAAUGGCUGAACUUGACGAGCCACUAUUGAAUGCAUGGUUUGGUCCAGCUGGAACUAUCAGUCCACUCCAUACUGAUCCGUAUCACAACAUCCUUGCACAGGUUGUUGGCAGGAAAUAUAUUAGACUAUAUGCUCCACGCGAAAGUGGGAAGCUGUAUGCAAGAGGAGUGGAGGAUGGCGGAGUUGAUAUGGAGAACACCAGCGAAGUAGACAUUGGACUUCUGUGCGGAUGGGAUGGAACCGAAGAGGAGAAAAAUGCAGCUCAUUCAAAGUUUCCACUCUUCAGAAACGCUGAGUUUGUGGAUUGUAUCCUGGAGGAUGGGGAGUGUUUGUACAUCCCCGUCGGAUGGUGGCAUUAUGUCCGGAGCCUCAGUGUCAGCUUUAGCGUCAGCUUUUGGUUCAACUGA